AUGUAUACUUGGAGUAAUAAACAUGGUGAUAAUACUUUUACAAAAGAAAGGCUGGACAGAGCAGUUGCAAACCCUCAGUGGUCUGAAUCCUUCAGAUUUAGAGAAGUUGAGGUUUUACCAGUAGCACAAUCUGACCAUAAAGCCCUCCUGCUUAAUAUGAGGCAUGAAUUGACAGUGCAAAGAAUGAGAAGGAGAGUUUUCAGAUUUGAAGCAAAGUGGAUUCGAGAUGAAGAAGGAGAGCUUGUGGUAGAUGGAAAAUGGAAGAGAUGGGUAGUAGGUGAUAGUUUCUUAAAAAGAGUACAAGGAAAGCUGUUGAGCUGUCAAGGGGACCUGAUUCGAUGGAGUUCAAGAAGAGAUAAGGUGUAA